AUGUGCUCUGUCUGUCUGAGACGUGGCCUCUCGUGUGUUUCAGUGCUGGCGGUGCAUGAACCCAGCCCCUGGGCACUAUGGCAGUUCAGAGGGAUGAUCGUCUGUGUCAACCCUGAUAGCUGGCCUGUGCUGGACUACGCUGACUAUGGCUGCUACUGUGGGAAGGGCGGCUCAGGCACACCUGUGGAUGAUCUGGACAGGUACGCAGUCAUGUAGGGGAAGACGGGGUCAGGGGUAAUGAAUACGGCAAGAAUCUGAGAAGAUGAGGAUGAAUUUGAACCUGGAGGUUGAUGUGUACACUGUGUAGGUGGACGGUGGGAGUUAUACAGUGUGGGGGGGAGGGGGGCUAUAUACAUUCAUUUUAACAGGAAGUCAGUAAUUAUACUUGUAUUGAAACAGAUGCCCUCUGUGUGUUCCAGAUGCUGUCAGGUUCAUGACCAGUGCUACUCUGAUGCCAUGCAGCACGAGGAUUGCUGGGCCAUCUUUGACAACCCUUACACGGAAAUAUACAGCUACCAGUGUGACAGAGCCUCUAAGACUGUCACCUGCAAAGGUGAGUGUGUUCAGCAUAACUAUAAGAUUAAAAAACAGUCCCUUCGUCAAAAUAUAACUUUUAUUCUGCAACAGUACCCUCUUUAGGAUGUUCGAGUCCUCUGCAUCUUUUGAAUUUGAGAUGUUCUAUUUCCCUUCCCCCUUGAAAACCAUUUACCAUUACCCAUCCUUCUCUUUCUCAAUUUUCCCUCUUCCUCCCCUCCUGCCUCCUUACUUUUUCUUCUGUCUCUCUGUCAUACAGAAAACAACAAUCCAUGUGAGAUGUUUAUCUGCGAGUGUGACAGAAAGGCAGCCAUGUGCUUUGACAAGGCGGGGUACAACCCAGAGCAUGAGCACCUUCCCAGUGAGCACUGCUAG